UUUAAUACAAACUAUAAUUUGUUUUUCAUUAUUAUUACUCAAAUGCAAACGCUUUGAACGCAAAUGCAAUUCAAAUCAUUUGAUUCAAACAAACGGUAAACAAAAUUAUCGCCAAAACUGAGCGCCAAAAUGGACGCAAAGUCACCGUCGGGUCAGCCCUCGGGUCCGCAGCACCGGAAGCGGCCAGAGAUGGCUCGCUAUAAGCCAGGGAUGGGCAAGAUUUUGGCCGCCAAGAAAGGCGACAACGGAGACACCAUCGGCGUGCAAAGCGAAGACGUGCGGCACGAGUUGGUCGCGGACGCGAAGCCGACAUCGGAUCCCAGAAGUGAUCACAAGUCUAAUAAUGGCAAUAAAGGCGCCAAUAAUAGCAAUGGCAAGAAACCAGACAUCAAAGUCUACGUUCCGCCCAAACCCGCGGCAAAUGUGGGCCAAUCG